AAUAAACCGAUGACAUUGGCCUGAUUGGAGUCGAUUGAAUCGAUUAAUGGAAUUCAAACGAGCGUGGCUCGCCAACACGAGAGACUCAAUUGAUAACCAACCAUUCAUUACGGAUCGAUAAUCGCUCCGGAAAGGUUUGUUCGCGAUGCGUAUCCUCUUGCUGCUGUCGUUUAUCGCUCUCGUGCAACCGGAGAUUACAUUUGGAUUAGAUUCCGAGUCCUGUGACGUCAAGUUCCAAAAUGGCAGCUAUGGCGAAGGAACUCUAAAUCAGACCUUUACAGGAGUUCCUUUUUGUACCUAUUUGGGUGUGCGAUACGCAGAAGCUCCGGUGGGACAACUGCGUUUCCGAAACCCAAUUCUUCAUCACCCUCAUGGAGCCGAGAAAUACACUGAAAUGGGAAACAUGUGCCCACAGGAGAAUGACAUCUACAAUUUCACGGAGAUACUAGGCGACGAAGAUUGUUUGUUCAUGAACAUUUACGCGCCGAGAAUUCCUGACAGUAAUAAGUAUCCUGUCGUGGUAUACGUCCACGGAGGAACAUUCAUGGUAGGAUCCUCACAAGAGAAUGUCGGAAAUGGUGUUGAUCUGUUAAUCAACAGCGGUGUUGUGGUCGUUAGCGUUAACUACCGCCUCUCAGUACUGGGGUUCCUGCGAUAUCCCGCGUUCAACAUUACCGGAAACUUCGGUCUUAAAGAUCAGCGAGCAGCUUUGCAGUGGGUACAGCUAUACAUCAAAUACUUUGGAGGUGAUCCCCAUCGUGUAACUCUGAUGGGCCAAAGUGCUGGAGCCGGAUCGGUAACCUAUCAUCUCUACUCAGAAGGAUCGCGAAACCUUUUUCAGCGACUAAUUGCCCUUGGUGGAUCACUGCUUGCUCCCUGGGCUCUGAAUUAUAAUUCUCUAGAGGAUGGUGAAAAACUAAUUGCUCAUUACAAUAUUUCCAGUCUUGUAGAUCUGCAACAAUUACACUUCAAAGAAUUCUUAGAACGUACCGAUUCGUUUGACAUAUUUGGUUUUUUCUCAAUGUUCUAUCCUGGUUUCAUCCCAUCCGUUGAAGACCAUAACGACCCGGAAGCUGUCAUAACAGCUACUCCUCACGAACUGAUUCGACAGAAACCUGUUAUUCAGGUUCCAAUUUUGAUCGGUCACACAUCCACCGAAUUUGAACUCCUUCUUUACUAUGCAAGCUUUCUCUACGUAGGUGACAACUUCCCGAAUAAAGAAGAUGCCUCCCUUAAACGGAACAUCACCAAACUAAUCAAACACAAGUUCAAGCAAGCCAAUGACCCUAAUUUCUAUCGGAAACUAGCCAACGUAGCCAACCUUCUUUAUCCAAUCAAGCGACUGUUGCAGCACCUCUUCCAUCAGUUGGAUAGCGUUCCGCUCUACUACUUGCAGUUCGAGUUCGACGGUCGAUUCGGUUUCUACAAGAACCAUUUCUACGCGAAGCGAACCGAAGGCAGCCGAUAUGGAGCGGUACAUGGUGACGACCUGGGCUAUAUUUUCUCACCGUACGUGGUCCAAGAAGCGCUGCUCAACCGCAGCGAGUUCCGUCGCGAAUGGAAGGUUCACGAGCGUACCGUUGAACUGGUGACGAACUUUGUGAAGUACGGAGACCCUACUCCGAAGCGAAGCAAGCUGUCCCACGUGUGGUGGCCACCUUUCAAUGGGAACAGUACAGAACCGAAGCAGCAUCUGCAUAUUGGCGAAUCAUUUGAGAUUCGGGAAGAUGACGAUGCCGCGAACGAGUACAUUCAGCUUUGGGAGCCGAUCUAUCAGUGUUUGUACUAUUACGAUUGUGAUGCAUUGAUGGUAAUGGUAGAGCAGGUGGCGGAGUCGGAGUCCGAAGGGAAUUUAUUGGUUGACGUUAUCGAUGAAAGCAUGAACUUAAUUGAAAAUGAAGGAAGAUGAAUAAAA